AAAUGUCAUCCAAAUUAUUCGAGACAUGAACGUUUUGGAUACGAUUUUCAACGUUUUCACGAAAUUGAUUGCAUAAAAUCACUGUUUAUCCAGACAAACCUAUGCGAAUUUGGUAAAUAGCAUUUAAACAUAUUUCAGACCAAAUUAAUUGCGAAUUAUGUCCUAUUAUACGCGUAAGGAGAUCGAUGAAUUGCAUACAGAUAUCUCUACUUUGGCAAAGGGAGUUGCUGUUGGUGGUGAAGAAGACCGCAUCAUAACUACAAUCGAACAUUGUUUACACAAUGGAUAUGAUCGCCGACGUAUUGCGGAAAAAUUGGAAAAGAUCUUGGAUGCAAAACAAAGUUCAAGGCUAGCUGACAAAUUGCAGGACAAAUUGGACGACUAUCGACGUAAGAGUAAAAAACGUAAUGCUAGUGAUGAAACUUGCGCUGAUGGGCCUAAAAAGUCUCGUUUCGAUAUGAAGGAGAAAAGCAAUCCUGUUAGCGCAUCUUCUGUAUUAACACCGUUGGCAGCAGCAUCCGUGGCUGCAGCGAAUAUAAAUGCUGUUGCUGCAACUACGCCUGCAGCGUCCACAACUGGUCUGAAUUCGACACAAAUUAAACUCAUGAUGGUAAAUGCUCAACGAGAAAUAGAAGAAAGAAAACGGGCUCUUAAUAAUUUAAAAGCAAAAGAUCCCAUUUUAGCUUCUGUUCCGCAGAUAGGAUUGCCAGUUGCUCUAGCUACUCAAGCACUUGCGAAGAAAACGGCUCCGGAAGAUUCGGAAAAAGCAAAAAAAAUAGCAGAGUUACAGGCUCAAAUUCGUGCAAAGUUGUCUAAUCUAAUUCAACCCCCACAAGUUCAAGAUCGACCGAAACCAUUAAUUUUGGAUGAAGACGGUCGAACGAUCGACAAAAGUGGUAGAGCCGUCAACAUCCCAACACUAACGCCAACCUUGAAGGCCAAUAUUCGUGCGAAAAAACGAGAGGUAUUUAACAAAAAUCAAGUACAUAUAGAUCGUCAUUCACAGCAAGAGGAAUCAUUGAAAUUUUUCGACGACCGUAUUGCCCAAAAACCCACUGUACGUACUAAGCGUUCGUUGCGCUUCCAUGAACCAGGAAAAUUUCAACAAUUGGCUGAAAGAAUGCGGAUGAAGGCACAGUUGGAAAAACUACAAAAUGAAAUUUCCCAAAUUGCACGCAAAACUGGUAUAAGCUCUGCCACAAAGUUGGCACUCAUUGCACCUAAACAAGACACACCUGACGAUGUCCCAGCCAUGGAGUGGUGGGAUUCUGUAAUUUUAACUCAAGACUUGAACACGUUGGAUGAUAAAGGGAAGAUCAGUAUUCGACAGUCAGCAAUUACAAAUCUCAUUGAGCAUCCAACCCAAAUGAAACCGCCAAACGAACCAUUAAAACCAGUUUAUUUACCUGUAUUUCUCACAAAGAAAGAGCGAAAAAAGCUUCGUCGCCAAAAUCGUCGUGAAGCUUGGAAAGAAGAACAAGAAAAAAUUCGUUUAGGUCUUGUUGCACCACCUGAACCAAAGUUACGAAUUUCUAAUUUAAUGCGUGUGUUAGGUACAGAGGCUGUGCAAGACCCAACAAAAAUUGAAGCACAUGUACGAGAACAAAUGGCUAAGAGACAAAAGGCACAUGAGGAUGCCAACAAUGCCCGAAAGUUGACAGCAGAACAGAAAAGUGAAAAGAAAGUUCGAAAAAUCAAAGAAGAUACUUCGUGUGGCGUCAACGUUAGUGUUUACCGCAUUCGCGAUUUGCAAGACAACGCAAGUAAAAAAUUCAAAGUGGAAACCAAUGCCAAACAACUGCAUAUGACUGGUACUGUGGUUCUUUUUCGCGAUUGUUGCGUAGUAGUUGUAGAGGGCGGACCGAAACAACAGAAAAAAUAUCGACGACUAAUGCAACAUCGUAUAAAGUGGGAGGAGGAUUUGGUAAAAGGUCCUGAUGGUCAUGAAAUACCCAACUCAUGCGUUCUGGUUUGGGAGGGUACAAGUCAAAGAAGACAUUUUGGAGAAAUUAAAUUUAAGGUGUUUCCUAUGGAGAAAAUGGCUCGCGAAUUCUUUCAAAAACAUCAAGUUGAACAUUACUGGGAUUUGGCGUAUUCUGGCGCGGUGUUGGAAGCAUCUUCAGAUUCUUAAAAUAUACUUUAAAGUUGUGUCUAACAUGUAGGACGACAUUUCACUAUAUAAAUGUUGAUAUAUUGUAGUUUUCCAAAAAUAAACAUUUUCUAAUUCGUAAAACA